GCUAUCGCAUUACGUGUAAGGGGACUUUCAGGAGGCGAGGAGACAUUUAAAUGUGCGUGCACUUGCUGAUUUUUUGCACUUUCUGACACGCGAACUGUACUGUGUGGACUUGCCUCUUUAAAAAGUCAUAAUCUAUCGCUGUUUCCGCUCUCUUUUGGCUGUGGAUCUUCAGCGCAUCAUCAGCAAACUCUAACAGCGACAGAGGAUGUUUGAUAAAGCGACAAAGAAGCUGGUCCAACAGAUAGACCCAAAUGGUGGUCUGAUUGCAGCUUCCAGCCUAAAUAAUUCUAAAAAACUAAAGCCUCUAGCGGUGGUGCAGAAAAUCCAAAAAGACUGGUUCUGGCAGAAAACUAAAUACAAACCCACAGAAUUCAAACUCAAUGACCUGCUGGAAGGAGAUCCAAUUAAACCAGUGUGUGAGGAGGAAGAGUUUGUAAAGUUUGAGGGAGAGUACAAAAACUUUGCAGCUGGAACUGUAGACAUGGGAUGUACUACUAUCUGCCUAAAUGCGAAUGGACAGGGCACAUCGAAACUUUUUUUAUCCCUCGGGACACUUAAGAAGGAAGCUGUGGAUAUUCCUAAACUCGUGAAGCUCACAAGAGGAAGGAAGUUGGACCUCACAGGCUCUUUUUUCAAGAAGCUCCCCCAAAAAAAAAAUACUUUAACCCUCCUUAAAGAGCGAAUUUUAACCACCAGUGACUGCUCUAUCGCCUACAUCAAAGUGGACAGAGGCAGCUGCCAUGCUGGGCCUGGUUGUACUGAGAUGUACAUGAAAGGCAGCGGUAAAUUUCAAUAUGCCUCUAAGAUGGCAUUUCACAUCCCACCGGACACUGUGUUGGCUUACAGUGUCAUUGAAAUGACCAUCGAAAGUGACGGCGACUUUGAUUUGUGCGUUGGGCCCAGGGGGGUGGAAUCAGAUGAUAUUUCCGAGAAUCUCUUUCCCACUUUCUCAGAGGUGGACGGUCAAUGGCCACUUAUCCAGAAAGGUUUCCCACUUACUACUCUAAAAAAAGCUCUUUCAGAUGUUCAGGCUAGAUUUUGUGCACUGGCUGACUUGUGUGCUGAAAGCCGUUCCUCCAUCCUGCUCCUGUUGAGGAAAAUUCUGACGGACCGAUCUGUCUUGUCAGCUUUGGUGGACAGACUUGAGGUGUUAAGCACCGGUGAAGCUCCCUGCUUCUUAACCAGCGAGUUGUCUGAAGAACAGAGUCAGAACAUAAGUGCAUUUUUAGACUUACUGAAGUGUGACCAACUAGACAAGAUGUCAUCAACGUCAUUGUCAAGUUAUAAUGGAUGUCAGAUAUCAACAACCAAUCACAGCGAUCCUUCCUUGGCAUCUGAGUUAAAUGGAUCAAGCUCCACACCAGAAGAACAGAAUGGAUGUCACACAGCCGUAUCCCAUGAGAAUGGAUGCUCAACAAAAGCAAGCAGGAAGAACGUGGAGCUCAUGUAUGCCAUGCAAAUGCUGAUGAACGCUCUUGAGGAGCUGAUGGAUGCUCCACUGGACCUGCUAGAGCCGUUCUGCACUUCUGAAGGUCUCCAAAGUCUACAGGAUUUAGUAAUUCAUCUGACUACAAGCGACAUGCCUUUCUGCAAGGACACCAUCCCUGUUUUCCUCCAAAGUGACAAUGAGUUCCACAGAGUGGAGGAACUUUUUCAGUCAUGCAAUGUUUUACUAAGGAAAGAGAAUGACACGUUGACCUCAGAAAUAACCUGUAGCGAGGGAUUCCUCCCUAUGGUUCUGUGCAUUGCCAUCCAUGGCCUUGCAUCCUUUGUUGCUGCAUGACAGUGUUAGUGGUUUUACUGACAGCUGAAAUAGGCAGUUAAAGUGUGAAGUCAUGUUUUCCCAGUUACUAAGACAUAUUAGUUCAUGUAGUUAAUGCAGAAAUCACUUGCCUUAGUUUUAAUGUUCCUAUGUGCAGACAUUUACUUGCUUAAGAAUAUUUUUUGCACUAAUUUUAACUUUGUUAAUUCCAUAAUAGGAAUAUAUCUCAAACAAAGAGCUUUUACUCAUACAGUUUUUAAAUAUUUCUACAAAUAAUAUAAAAUAUAAAUAAGUUAUAUUUAUACACCACCUUUAUUUUCCAGACAGUUUUAGUUUUUAUUUUCCAAAACUAAAAUACACUUUUCUUUUAUUACGGUGAAAUUGUAGUAAAAACAUAAUUUAAAAACCUUUAUGAAGAGCAGUUUAUUUUGUUCUCUGAAACUGAUUUCAGUUUUCCAUAGAUUAAUUAUAGAUAGCAGUAUUAAUUUAGUAUUUCUUUAUUAGGAUUGUAGGAUUAAAGUUCAUCAGAUCUUUUUUUUUUUAUUUGUAAUAUGUUUGAUAAUAUAACAUUUUUUGUGUUACUGUAUCAUAAUAAAAUAACAAAUGUACUGCAGUUCAGCUAUAAUUUUCUACUUAUAUGCAGAAUAUAUGACAUUAUGCAAAUACCUUUAUUAUUGUGUAUCUCUCUGUAUCAGGAGUGAAUGCAGCGAUUUUCUCCAAAAGCUUCUGUUCGAUUGCAUCAUGCACUUGCAUUAUUAUUAAAUGAAAAAGAGGAACAAAGAAUAACAA